AUGUGUCGUGCGAACGACGAAGCGGCUCAACCUAUCGCUCUUCUUACUCUCGUGCGACACGCAGAAUCCAUAGCAAAUGCGAAAAGAGUUCUCCAAGGAGUCUGUGAUGCACCACUCUCGCCCAAAGGCGUAUUCCAACUCGACAAGCUGAGAGCUGCCUGGACACCCGAGACUGACUCGGAUUGGGAGAAUUCGCUUGAUUUGCCAAAGCCCUCAUUGAUUGUGACAAGUCCCAUAGGUCGUGCGAAAAAGACAGCCGCAGCUAUUGCUCGCGGAUGCGGCGUGCAAGACCUGACCGAAGAAGAUCCUACGACAUUUCGCACUCCGCCUUGUGAGCCACCGUUCGUCACUCGGCACAAUGUUGUGUACAUUGAUUCAGGUUUGUCUGAGCGUAACUUUGGUCGUUCAGAAUGCACAAAGGAAAAAAAAGCAGUACCAGGAUUUGCACGCCUACCCCAGUCGGAGCUUGGUCGUGCUGAGACAGAUCGAGAGUUCUAUGCACGUGUGGCGAAAGCGGGCCAAAAAUGGCUCGAUUGGCUCCGAGAAUUCGCACAUAGGGAUCAGCCUCAGAGCAAAAUCAGCGAGAAAGAAGAAGCGCAACUGCAGAAAAUGGCGGAAACGGCCAAGAUGGAUGGCGGUGAAGAUGAAAAGGAAGAGAAGAAUGGCGUGAAGAACGAAGAAGAACACGCUACGGCCGAUACAAAAGAUCAGAAGAUUAAGAGGGGUCUUGAAAGUGUACAGCACAGAAACGACACGUUUUUUGGAAACGAGGGGCAUGCUACCAACGACCAAGCAUUGUCAUCCAGCACAGAUGUAUUUCCACAUCUGGUGCUUGUGUCGCAUGGCCUAUGGAUCAAUGCCUUUCUACGGACUUAUCUCCCUUCUAUAUGCCAUGGCGCCAAAUCUUACUAUAUUCGCAGUAACAACACCGGCAUGUUCACGGUAGGUCUGUAUGGGGAGUUAGCCAAUACGCGACUCCAACUCUUGAGAGAUAAUGACACACGUCAUCUAGGCGAAACGCUGCAACCGGCGCCAAAGCGGCGCGCCAAAAUUCAGCAGCGAACUACCCUGACAUCUAUUUGGCGUUAA